UUGGUUAAACUAAAAAGGACAACUAUGGAUUGGGAAGGAAUGGAUAGUAUAGUCUGGAUGUGGAGGCAGCAUCAUAACCCAUUUUUAGAGGGGUGUAUUCUCAAUUUUAUCAAGCACCUACACGGAACUGCGUAUGACUUGCUUCAGGAGAAGAACUACAUCAAUUCUGCUCAGUUUUCUGCCAGAGGGAUCCAGCUCUACAAUGUUUUGGAUAAAGAUGGAUAUCUAAGUGAUUGUAGGAACAGGAAUCGUCUCUAUUGUUUACAUGCAGAAGCUUGUAUACGUUACGCUGAUCAAGAUACCUGUGGACUGCAGUUUCUUGAGAUAGCUCUUCAGAGCUUAAUGAAAGUUUCUGAUGCCCUGGGUAAUAAGAAAAUCCUCCGACUCAUUGCAAAUUUGAAGAUUGAAUUGAUGAAAUACAGUGAAUCUUCCACCAGUGUUUCGCUUGGCAAAUUGAGGAGAUACAAUUCUGAGUUGCGCAAUCUGGAAAUAGACAGAAUGAAAUUUGUGGCCAGCUUCUUUGGUUUUAAAGAGCCAAGAGAACUUUUUGACAUACUCUGGAGAAUCCUUGAAACUUCUGAAGAGGGCGCCGUUUCAUUAGUCCAACAACCUGGGAAUAAUGAAGUAGAGCCGGAAUGGAUUCCUAUAGAGCAUAUACAGAUUGCCCAGAGACAGUCUUCAAGUAAACCACAUCAUAGUAAAAAGAAGAAGUCCCGCCGUGAUGGGAAAUCUAGACCAGGUCAUGCCUCACCUGAGCCUGUUCCGCAGCCCUCUGGUAAAAACAAGCAAAUUGUUACCAAUCAGAAGGGUCAGAGGUCAUCGGCAUGUACUUCCAGGUCAGGGCGAACAUCUGGUGAGAGAUCCACUGUACUCUCCGGUGCAAGAAAGAUUGAUAGUCAUGAUGGACCAGCAUCUACCAAUGGCAAUGAGGUGACAUCACAUAGAGCAGGAUCAUUUGGACCUUCUGGAGGAGGGGUUCAUGGAUCAAACCAACGUCCUUCUACCGCAGAAGAUUGGAUCAAGAGCUAUAAACUCAGGCUCGCUUGUAAGAAAUGUUUUACCAAGGCAGCCCGCAGCCAUGGCUACAGCAGUUACAAGCUGAAUACAAAUCCAACCCAUUUUUCAAAGUGCACACGAGACUACUUACUGUGUCAGUUGGCUAGGAAAUGUGAGGAUGGUCAACCAGCUAUGUAUGGUAUCAUACGCUCCUGUUCCAGUGAUGCCAAAUCCAACCUCUGUGAAGACUUCCUGAAUGGGGAUCCAUGCAAGGAACUGGAUUGCUGCUAUUGUCACAGCAGGGAAGAACAAGAUAUCUGGAAAGCUGAAAGAGAAGGCAGGUUUCCAAGAGAUGAUGUGAUAGCUCUCUUGAAGACUCUAGGACAUUGCUAUGAUGGAAAGUCUAACCGAGAGACUAAUACUCCUGCCAGAUCAAGAAGCAAAAGUCUUGCCUCACAAGACCAUAUGGACAUCAGGAGUUGGAGUAACAAUGGUGCAAAACCUCGAAGACAAAGUCAGGUAUAUCAUGAUAAUGGUGAUCCCAAGAUCAGGAGCAAUAGUGAAGUUAGAUCACAAAGUGGAAGUCUGCAGACAUCGCAUGUAGGAAGUUCCUCACUUCUGAAUGAAGAUGCCAAUACACCAUCUCUGCAUGAUGAAGGUGAUAGCAAAGAGAUGUAUGAGGUUGUAUCAACUCCAAUGCCUUUGAAGAAUCAAUUUGAAAUUCUUGUUAGUGAUGCCAACAGUGUCCAACAGAGAAGCAGUUUAAGAGUUUCCUCUCCGCGUUCUAAUCAGAGCAGAAGUGAUGACCGAAGUAACUUCAACAAAUCUGCUGGAUUGCCAGCUUGGCAAACUGCCAUACACGUAUCAUCUUGUAUGGGAACAUCCAGUGCUUCUUCUGUUUGCAAUUCUCGUAGGUCAUUGCACAUUGAUGGCAACAACUCACAGACGUUUCCUAACAUUCCUGGACAAUCUAAAGUAAGGUCGGAUGAGGCAUUGAUGAAUGAACUCAAACAGAUACGGGGAAAGUUCCUUAUAGUCUGUUCACAAUGUCUUGAAUGUAAACCUAUGAAGAUAAGCCCACCGCAUCAGAAUAAUCCUCAAGUCUGCUCCUACAAACAAAACCACUCCAUGAUCAACAGAAGCCUUAUUCAUCAGAUUGGGCAUGGAAGAUUCACCAAGAUUCGUAAGCGUCCUUUCAGGGUGAUGCAUAAGCCUAGGGCUGUCUGUCGUUACAUCGAUAGGCUCUACGGAUGUGAGAGAGAAGAUUCUUGUCAGUUUGCUCACAGCCAGGCAGAGGCAAAGGUCUGGUGGUUAGAAGCAAGGCUUGGUAAACAUCGGGAUGAGAUUACUGAUGCUUGCAUAGAACUAAAUCAACCAGCAGAAUACCGACUGUCCAGUUCACCAAUGUCCAACCCUAAGGAUCUGAUGAACCCAUACCAAAACAAAUGGGACAUCACUACCAAUAGUGACAGAGUAGCCAACAGCAGCAUUCAGAAGGAGCCGCCUCCUGUAUCUCGUGCGAUUGCUGUUGAAUCCUGUAGCACCAAGGUUCCCUUUUCCCAUGCUAUCAAGCGUGCUUGUGGUAGAUGCCUGCGGAUGGAUCCAUACUACAUUAAGCAACAAAACCCUAAGAGCCGUUCAUACUGCAGUGGGAGUGGGAUUAACCGACACUACUGGAAAGCAAACAUUGUGUAUGUUGUAUGGUCCUCUAAAGACAAGCAGUGGGUUUGUGUCCAUCCCCGCCAUCCACGGCUGUGGCCAGACACCAAACUGAAUCUGUGUCGGCAUGGAAAAAAGUGUACUCAGGAAAGCGUAUUCAGAACAGCCUGCAUGCAUCCUCAUACACAAGAGGAACUUCAGUUGUGGGAGUACCAGCAACGACAUGAUAUCACCAAGCUUGAAGAAGUGGUUGGCUUACAACAGCAAGCUGAGGCAGUAAGCACACCCCUCCCUAAACCAGAAGAGAAACCACAGCACAUUUGCUCUUUCUGCAAGUUUUCCUCUACGUCAAAGACAGAGUUUGAGAAUCAUCUUGUCACUGAUGCUCAUAAGGCAAAGAUCUUUUCUGAUUCUGAUCGUCUCUGGAAGGAACGAGAUCCCCCGAACCUGGUCCAAGAUGGUUGCUAUGAGAUGUGUAAAGAAAAUGCUACAAAGGAGUGUGAACACUCCGGAAGAACCAAGGAAGAAAAUGAGUGCAUCUACGCACAUAGCAUGGACGAGUUGAUGGAAUGGAAAGAAAGGCACAAGUACCGUGUGAUGAAACUUAUAAAAGCCAGGGAGAUGAAGUUAUAUUCUUGGUUGGAUAAUCUAGUUGAGGAGAAAGUGUCUACUGAGGAUGAAGGAGAUGUGAUUACUGAGGAUAUAUUUGGGAUUGAAUUGAAUUGCCAAACUGCUGCAGAUGUUGUUCGAGAAUUGACCUCAUCCAAGGAUACUUGUGAAAUUGAUCCAAUCCAAUGGCAUGUGGAUCUCCAUUGUAGCAGUGAAAAAAAACUGAAGAGAGUAGGGCUCCUGUAUGAUGAACAUCGGUCUAACUUCCAUCUAUCUAAGCCUGAGAAUGAGUCUCACCCACAGACAUGUCCAGGUGGACUACUAAGAGUUCAUGAUUCUGAUCAUUACAACCUUACUGUCAACUUCAUCCCAUCACAUUCUGGCCUUUUCAAGCAGUGGCUUGUCUUUGACUUUGGUGAUCGGCCAUGCCUUGCCUUGAAGCUCUCUGUGAACUUUGGCUCUCAAUGUGAAAUGAAAGAUUUUGAGUUUAAAGAGCAGACAAUCAACACAGCAGAUCUGUGGAAUGAGACCAACAGUAAGAUAAUCAAAUGUUCACAAGCAGAUGAAUGGACUAAGAGGUUGGAACAGCAAUAUCCGACACCUGGCCUAAACAGAGAUCCAGCAAUGAUUGGUGAUGUACAGAGUCUUAGCCGGAGUACAUACAAACAAUUCAUGCAUGGUAUGCUUACAGAGGAAGAGAGAGCUUGUAUGGAGUUGGUGGCCAAGUACCGAACAGUUACCAAGAUAAAAGUAUCCCAGCAACUUCAACUGGAAGAUUCCCUCAUAAGUGCCCCAGUAGGAGAACUGUUUGGGACUAUCUCCCUUGACAAGCCACUUCAUGACGAUUCAGAAACUUCCCGUCUUGUCCACGAGCUGGUUGAGACCGUCUUCAUCAAAUUUCACGAGCAGUCUGAAGAUGUGUACGAGGCUUCAAGGGUUCAGUUUGAGGAGGAUGUCUUUGUGGUAUCCCUAGGGCAAGCAUGUGUGAAGCAGCUUCAUUUGAAGGCUGAUAGAGAUGUUCCAGUGACCUUUCAAUGUUGCAUUAGUCGUCAGCGGUUUUUGCGGAUGCACCAUGCUGUUGACAGAGUGACAUGUAUGGACACUGUGCUACCCCAGGGACAGCAGCCCAAUAGGUUUCCAGAAGUAGAUGAGGAUGAACACCAUGAAGGUCUGAACCUACGACAAGAGCAGGUGGUUCGUCUUAUCAAGUCAUUAGGAACUGUUGAAAAAGAAGUUACAUCUUACAGCGGUCCAACCAUGAUUCUUGGACCCUUUGGAACAGGAAAGACGCAUACGCUGGCCAAUGCAAUACAGAGAACGCUUACAGAGAGAAAAGAUGCAAAAUUCCUGAUAUGCACUCAUUCAAAUAGUGCUGCUGAUCUUUAUAUCAGAGAAUAUCUUCAUGAGUUUUGUGAAGAUAGAACUGAUAUCUGGAUGGUGAGGAUCUAUACAACGAUGCGGAAACUGAAUACCAUAAGUGAAACAGUGAAGAAGUACAUGCUUAUCAAUGCUGAAGGACCACGUUUGCCCACAGAAGAGGAAUGUAAAGAUUGGGUGUCCAGUAAAGGCCCUAGUAUAGUAGUGGUCACCCUGAGCACAGCAGUUUGCCUUACACUGACAGCAACCCUGCAUGGAUACUUCUCUCACAUUUUGAUAGACGAAGCUGGACAAGCCCUAGAGACGGAAGCUAUCAUUCCGCUUGCUCUAGCAACGCAACAUACAAGUGUUGUACUUGCUGGUGAUCCCAAACAGAUGAGCCCGAAGGUGUAUUCUCCCCGUACCACAGAUGCCAAGUUCAAUAUGUCUCUCCUGCAGCGUCUCUUCAAAUAUGACAAACAGAAUGAUUGUCAUGCAAGCUGUAACCUAAUCAUCAACUAUCGCAGCUGCCAACCUAUCCUAGAUUUCCUAAAGGUGCACUAUGGCACAGCUUUCAUGUCAAAGAGCACAAACAAGGAGCAUCCCAAUCUCUUCCCCCUUAACUUUGUAGAUGUGAGGGGAGAGGAUAGGCUUGUCAGGACGUCAUACAUGAAUGCAGAAGAGGCAAAGAUCAUAUCAGAAUACGUCAAGUCAUUGAUGGAUCACUGGCCUGAUGAGUGGGGUAGAUGUAAACAGAGUGAUGUAGUGGUUCUAUCACCAUACAGAGUACAGGUGGUAUUAAUCCGACAGGAGAUGAGGAAGAAAGGCCUCCAUGCUGUGACAGUAGAGACAGUGCAGAAUGUACAAGGGAAGCAGUAUCGGGCCGUCUUCUUGAGCACAGUGAGAACAAGGUCCUCGUUGAAUAUUGUUGACACGACAUCCCUUCCCCGUUUGGGUGGCCGCAAUGUGAGGAACAAGAUCUGGUACGGUUUCUUAUCGGACAAAGGACUACUGAACACAGCAUUCACUCGUGCACAGUCACUCAUAACUGUCAUGGGAGACCCUGUUGCACUUUGCUCUGCAGGAGAAUGCCAGAAAACUUGGCAGAGAUAUAUCAAAACAUGUGAAAAGAACGGUGGCAUCCAUAGUCUACAAGAUCUAACAAUGGCUUCUAUCCAGAAUGAAAUUGCCAGUGCUAAACAUCUGCUCAAUCCCGCUGCAAAGACGUUUGUUCCUCGAGCUUCAGCUCCCAGUGGAGCCUCCCAGAGAAUAUCUACUGUUACUGGAAGAUCUGCAGUAAGUAGAGCAAUUGAAGUGCAAAGUUGCUUUUCAAGAUCUACAAAUCAACAAAGAGAAAUGCUACCUUCAUUGGUAACUAGUGCUGCUGCUGUAGAAAGUGAUGAUGAAGAUGAUGAAGAGGAGUUGCUUAUUGAUGAAUGGCUUCAGGAUCUGAAGAUGGAGGUGGAUGAAUAUAAAAGGUCACAUACAUUGACUGAAAACCAGAAGGAAGAUGCAUUAACACAAGGUUCUGAUGAUAGGGAUGCUGCUGGUGACCAAGGACCAACGCAGCCAGCCAUACAUGACCAGGAGCUUGAAGCUGGGGUAAGAUUGCAUACAGCAGAGCAAGAAGAAAGACCUCCAUCUGCAUCAAGAACUGCAUUGCAAAAUGUAGAAAUUCCUACACGUGAACAGCUACUACAGGACCUACACAGGAUGGAGAGGGAAGACCGCGAUGUCUUUCUUGAGGAUGAGUUAUAUGAUUCAGAUGAUGAUGAAUCAAAUCUUGCUGCCACAGGUCAAGCAAGGGAGACCAAUGUUGAUGAACUUCUUCGCAAGAAUGUUCAAAGCCCUGAUAUAUAUAAAAUCUGUAUCUUCCGCCAAGAUAUCAAUGGGCAUACUUAUGCUGUUCCUCUUGACAGACAGUCAGGAGAUGAAAUAACCAUUACUAGUAUUAAACGUCGUGGACAUGCCCUUAACAAUGAUAAGGUGCUUGUAAAGGUCUUGGAAAACAGAGAAGAACAAGAAGUAGAAACUGAUGGUGAGGGUGGAUCGGAAAGGAAGAUCUAUGGAAAAAUUGAAGGCAUCAUUGAACAUAAAGCUAAUCUCCGGUUCCGAAAAUUUGUCUGCUACCUGGAUCCUUAUAGCAACAAUAUGAUGGUACCUCUUGACCGUUCAUCUCCCAAGAUGCUAAUACAAGGAAGGAAAAGAAACAGUAAAAACAAUAAUGUUGCUGUUGUUCCACUGUUUGAGAUAACAAGAAGGAGCGCACAAACACGGAAACCAGGUAGCUCUAGAAGAGAUGUAGAAGUUAAGUUAUCAGAGAGGCGCCAGAAAUUAUUUCUUGUUCGCUAUCUGGAGUGGGCUGAGAGAGAUCCAUAUCCACUAGGAGUAGUUGUUGAAGAAUUAGAACCAGGAGAUACACAAGAAAAUGGGAUGAACAUCCUGCGACUCAUGUACGGCAUCAAAGCAAAAUGCAAGCGAGCUGCAAGAGAUCAAAUGCAGCAAGAGUUCCCUGAAGGAUGGUGUCUUCCAGAGAAAGCUCUUCAGAAAAGAGAGGAUUUCCGUUCAACAAAGGUUAUCUUUACCAUUGAUCCUCCUGGUUCUACAGACUUGGAUGAUGCUAUCAGCUGUACCCCUCUUGCUGGACAACGUUAUGAAGUUGGUGUACAUAUAGCAGAUGUGUCCUACUUCAUUCAACAAGACAGUCCUAUGGAUAAAGAUGCCUACAGCAGGGCUACAUCGUUCUAUCAUCCAUUCCAAGGUGAUGCCUAUCAUAUGCUACCAAAGGCCAUAGUCACUAGGCUUCUAAGCUUGCUUCCAAAUCAAAACAGGCUGGCAUUGUCUGUCAUUUUCACUCUUGAUCAAGAAGGACAGAUUGUUGCGGAGCCGGUGUUUACAAGAUCUGUAGUUCGAUCAUGUCAGAAGCUCACCUAUGAAGAGGCAGAUAAAUUGAUUGACUGUAGUAGUGAUACACAAUCUAAUGAAUACAUGGCUGUUGCUGAUCCUGUUAGGAUCUUAUAUGCGCUGUCAAGACACCGCAGAAUGCAGCGAUUAGGUGAUGGAUGGAUAGUGUACAAUGCAGAUGAUGAUGAUGGGGGUGCACUUUCUCAUCCAUUGGCACACAGCUUGAUAGAAGAACUUAUGCUGAUGACAAACAAUGCUGUUGCUGAACAUGUUCUUUCCAGUUAUCCUGAUUGUGCUCCAUUGCGUAGACAACUUUCACCAUCUCAAGAUCAGGUUGAGAGAUGGAAAGAAAAUUAUGAGAAGACUGCAAGAAACAGCAUCCGUCUCCCUGAGCUUCUCAAUCAUAACCACAAUGGUGUUGAGAAUGAAGACCAAGAUACAGAAGACAGAGAGGAUGUUGUAGUUGCUGCUGAAGUGUUUGGAAUGGUCAAGCAAUUGUGUGAGUCACAAAUGUCAAAAGGUCAUAUGGAGUCUAUUGCCAAUCUCAUUGUUCAGGACGAAAACCACCCUCUGCAUGCGGUGGCUCUGUCUAGCUGCUAUGAGAUCAUGGAAUCUGCAGAAUAUGUUGAUUCAACAAGCCAAACCAAGCCAGAGAAGCGAGCACACUAUUCUCUGCAAAUGAGAGCAUACACUCACUUCACAUCACCGAUCAGACGUUUCAUUGACCUUGUUGUGCACAGGUUGCUUGUUGCUUCCAUGGAGAAUCGGCCAUGUCCGUACUCCCCCAGAGAAAUGGCCGACAUCACACAUCAUUGCAAUUACCAGAAUGCCAAAAGUAAGCGAUUUGACAAAUCAACGCAAGAACUCAAGAUGGCUUUGAAGCUGAAAGAAGCUCCUCUCCAGGCUACAGCUUUUGUUGAAGGUAUUUCUGAAUCAUCUAUGAAAUUGCUUCUUCCAUAUCGGCGAUAUAUUCAAUCUAGACAGAGGAACAUCCCUUUUAAGUUACUGAAGCCUUCUGAGAAACCUGCUGUAGAAUCUACCAAUCUCCAAAUGGCAUGGAAAUGUCGCAUGUAUGACUACAGCACUAAAUGCCAAGCAGAAUCACCAGUUAGCACAAGAGUCCCAUACCUUGACCUGUCUUACACUAUUCCAGAAGAUAAAUGGCAGCAGAUCUUGCAUUCCAUUAAGAGUAUGUACAUCGAUGGAAACAUAGAGGGAGUCAAGACUGCCAUUGAGGCUGGAGUCAUCCAUGCCCAAGGCAGUGGUAACCCCUUCUCUAAGAGAAGAAUAAAUCAGGAAAACGGUCCAGAAAAGAAAGAAAUGGGAAUUAUGAGUUUCCAACGAAACUAUCAAUUAGGUGAGCCCUGCAAGGUCCAGAUGCAUGCACACAUGAUGAAGGGUAUGCUCAGACCAAAGAUACAACUCUUCAACAUGACUUCUCAAUUGGAUGUAUGUGCAGAGCAUCGAGCACAACCCAUUGAGUGCUUCUCAAAAAUAGCUACCGAAAUUCCAGGCAGGGAGAAAAAUGUGAAAACGUACAAGUCAAAGUGGCUUUCAAUCCUGUCUAUGACCUCUUGCUACAGUGCUGUUAGCAACGAUGACACCGUUGUUCUACAGAAUGUUCCAGUCACAUGGCAUAGGGCUUCAAAUGAAGUCACAGGCCACAUUGAGCUAGACAGGGAAUUCCUUGAAGUGAACCAUAUCCCAAUCUGGGAAACUAAUGAUGGAAUAACAAUAAACAAUUAUGAUUACCUCUGCCUACACCUGACCAAUCUUGAAGUGGAAACUAAACCUCGUUUGAAAAUGAUGGGGUAUGAUAGAGAGAGACAAGAAUGUCGAGGACCGUUCAAUGCCAGUGACUGGAAGAAGCAAACAUGUGUUGUACACAGUCAGAUAGUAAAAGGCAAAGAGAGUCAGGAUUGCCGUACUUGCCAGCGACUCAGUAGUGAGAAGUCUAUCGUAGUCCAUUUUGUUGUUCAUCAGUUGUCCGUCCCUCUUCCACAAAGGAUCAAUGGUCGUCAUGUUGCAAGCACGGUGGAAUUCAUUUCAAAACCUGAGCCAAAUCGACGAGAAGAAACAGCUAUUGAUGGUUUAGAUUCUGGAUCAUUGCCUGUGUUGAUUAAAGACAUUGCAUUGCAACGCCCUAAUCGUCCUGAUUGGCAUUCAGAUGAAACCCUUAGAAUCUUAAAAAGAGAAGCCGAGGCCCUGACAGACCUGAAUGUACCAGAAUGUACAUUACCUGCCCUGAAUUCUUCCCAAGGAGCUGCUGUCAAGAAUGCACUACAACAUACAUUCUCUCUCAUUCAAGGGCCCCCUGGCACUGGUAAAACUGUUACUGGAGCGUACCUUGCUUAUUUCUUCACUCGCCUCAAUCAACAAUUACGAGCUGGUAAAAUGCGCCCUCAGGUGUUGUACUGUGGACCAUCAAACAAAUCAGUGGAUGUUGUAGCUGCAUACCUGAAGAAGUUUCCAAACAUCUCUGUCGUGCGAGUCUACAGUGAACAGAUAGAGCGAAAGGACUUUCCCAUCCCUGGUGUUCCAGGACUGGUCUCCAAGUGGUCAAGGAAAGAAUCAUCCAUGCCAGUGGAAAUGAAAGACAUUGCUCUUCAUCACUUGAUCAGAAUGCGUGGGAAGCCACAUGCAGCUGAGCUAGCGGGCUAUGAGAGGAAAUUUCGCACUCGUCCAGAUAGAAUAAGCCCACGCAGCAUAAAAGACUACAAAAGCACUAUUUUUGAGGCCACUAAAGAAGAAUUGCAAAACCAUCACAUAGUCCUGAGUACCUGCAAUGCUGCUGGAGCACGACGUAUCUCAAGACUGACACGUGUUAUCCAGGUGAUUGUUGAUGAAGCCGGGAUGUGCAGUGAGCCAGAGACUAUGAUCCCUCUGGUUUCAGUGAAACCUAAUCAAGUGGUAUUAGUUGGAGAUCAUCAACAGCUUAGGUCGAUAAUCACAGAACCCAAUGCUAAGCAGCUUGGAAUGGAUAUUUCUCUGCUUGAAAAAUACAAGGAUAAAGCCAAGAUGCUCACUAUUCAGUACAGAAUGCACGAGCGGAUAUGUGAAUUUCCAUCAUCUGCAUUUUAUGACAACAGACUAGAGACAGCAGAAUCAGUGAGACGUCGCAGUCUUGACCCUAUCUGGAGGAUAUGGCCCAAUAAUGGAAAUACACCUCAAGUGUUUUGUCAUGUUAAUGGGCAAGAGGAAACCCUUUCAGUAAAGACAGAAGAAGGCAAUGAACAGUCAAAGAGCAAUGGUGCUGAAAUUAAACAUGUGAUGAGAAUCGUCCAAGCAUUGAUCAGCAGGAAGGUAUCACCUGCUAAGAUAAUCAUCCUGUCUCAGUAUCGUCUUCAGUGUGCUCAGAUUGAAGAGAGGCUCCGAGAUGACAGGGAUCGACGUCUUCAACAGGUCAAAGUCAGCACGGUGGUUAAAAGUCAAGGUGCAGUAAGAUUGCAUACUGUGUUUGUUUAGCUUGCAAGACAGAAGCAUGACAUAGGCGCUGCAUUUGACUGCGGCAUCAAUCGCAGUGCUGUCGUCAACACUAAGUUUUAACCAAGGUUAAGUUUUUAAUAUAUGUCAUCAUAACUUGAUUUGUAUCCUAUUUCAUGACACUUGGAGAGGAAGAUGGUCAUGUAUCACUGAUCAUUUUAUAUGAUUUUCAGGUCAGAAGAUCUACAUGUAUGUCUUACAUGUAUGUUAUUAACCCUAAAAGGAUGCCUAAGAAGAUUGAGGGGGGGGGGGAUGGGCUGAUUUAGCCCCUUUUAUGAUCUCGGUCGUCAAUCAUGCGAUCGUGACAAAAAUUGGCGUGCAUGUUACCCAUGGCAUAAUCUACAAAACUGUAAAUUAUAUAAACGAAAAAUCUCAUAGCAAAUUAUAAUUAAUUAAUUAGAAAUUAAUUUAUACGUAAAAUCACAAGUUUGCUCUAAUUAACAAAAUAAUGCCCCUAGGAUGCAAAUUCUGUAUUCACACAUCGAUCUUAUUUGUCGCAUAUAUUCUUUUUUUUAAAUGAAAGCGCUGUUAAAAACCAAUCAACAAGAACUAC